AUGGUUGCAGACACUCUAUCACUCGCGGGCAAGACAGCCAUUGUCACUGGUUCUGCCAGAGAGAACGGCAUCGGUGCUGCCAUCGCCACGGUCUUUGCCCGCAACGGUGCCAGUGUCGCCAUUCAUUACAACUCGGACAACUCCAAGCCCCGUGCCGAGAAGGUGGCUGCCGAGCUGUCCAAGGAGUUUGGAGUCAAGACCAUAGUCCUGCAGGGCGAUGUGGCAAAGCAGGACGCCGCUUUUGGCCUGGUUGAACGGGCUCUAAAGGGCCUUGGCACCGGCCACAUCGAUAUUCUGGUGAACAAUGCCGGCUAUGGUGCUGGCACGCCCCUCACCGACCUGACACCCGAGGAGAUCCAGGUCGAGUUUGGCGUCAACACUUGCGGCUCUAUCUACAUGACGCAGGCUGUCGUCAAGGUCGGCAAGAUGCCGCCCGGCGGCCGCAUCAUCAACGUCGGCACCAUUGCGUCCAAGCUCGGCCUCGCACAGGCCGGUCUCUACGCCGCCACCAAGGCCGCACAGGACAGCCUGACGGCCUCGUGGGCUGGCGAGCUGGGCAAAUCGCAUGGCAUCACCGUCAACACCAUUGCGCCAGGCCCUGUGGCCACGGACCUGGCCGCGUCGAUUCUCGUAAACAAGGACGGCACGCCGACCAACACCCAACAAACCAUGCUCGGGCAGACACGCGCCGCAGCCCGACUUGGCACAACACAGGAUAUUGCCGAUGCAGCUUUGCUGCUUGCCUCGGAGAAGAGCCGCUGGAUUACCGCGCAGUUCAUCUCGGUCAGCGGCGGCAUCACUGGCACCAUGUAA